ACUUGCAUGUAUAAAUUUAGUCAAAGAGAGUUUAUAAGAAAAAAUAUUACAGCCAAAAUAAAGAUAUCUAAACAUAAACAAAUUAAAACAAUUACCACUGUAGUGCUACAUCGUAAUAAAAUGAGUGAAGAAUCAAAGAAUAAUGGUAACGGUAUUAGAGAAUUGUAUUCAAUGAUACAUCAAGAAUACAUUGUUAUGGCUGAAUAUCGUAUGUUACAAACGGAAAAUUUACAAGGCAUUUAUGUUAUACCAUCAUAUGAGAAUUCUUUCUUAUGGUUUGGAGUAAUAUUUGUAAAAGCUGGAUAUUAUGAAGGUGGUAUAUUUAGGUUCACACUUACAUUGCCUGACAAGUUUCCUGAUGAGGAAGUGCCAAUUUUAACAUUUAACCCAAGUUUAUAUCAUCCAGCUGUUGAUGCUAACACAGGAGUACUCAAUUUAAGUGGAGUUUUCCCUCAGUGGGAUAGGAAAAGAAAUCAUAUUUGGCAAAUACUCAAAUAUUUACAGUGCAUAUUUCAAAAUUUAAAUAUGAAAGUUCCUUCAAAUGUUGAAGCUUCAAUGGCGUACAAAACAAAUCGAAAAAUAUUCCUGGAAAAGGUGAAAGAAUGCGUAGUAUCCAGUAUUGAUCAUUUAUACGAUGAUCCUCCAACAGAAGACAAACAUUAUAUAACAUUUACACCUUAUGAUCCAGAAAUUCAUGAUAGUGCUAAAAAUAUUAUGCUUAAACCGCAAAAUCUAAAUGAAGGCCAAAAUCAUGGAAUUUCUUGGGUUCAACCUGGUUCAUAUCAGCCGUUUUCAAAAGAAGAAACUACAUAGUUACUGAAAUUAAAACCUCUCUAUUUUCCUAUCAAAACAAUAACUGUGAAAUGCCAUAUUUUUAAAUACAACUGUGAUAUGACAGAUUGUUCUUGAACUUCAUAUUUAUGGAUAUCAACCAAAUGUUCAAAGUUUUAGUUAACCAAUUUAGUGUGUUUUGAAUCAUAUUUGGGUGUUUCUUCCUAUCCAUAGUUUAUGUAAGUGAAACUAAACAGAAAUAAGGUUAUUAAUUAACUGUUAAUACAAGAGCUUUAUUUAUUUUCUAUGUUAAUACUUAAAAUAUAAUAAUGAUUCU